AUGCCGGCUCCAGAUGACAUAUACAAGAAUGAAGUCGACUUCACGGCCCUAGCACUUCAGUAUCCGCACUUCGCGAAAAGACUCAAGCAGAAUCGCCAACUAGACUUCUCCGACCCAGAGAGCGUCAGACAGCUCACCAAAUCGCUUCUCCAUCGCGAUUUCAAUCUCGAAAUUGAACUGCCCGAGGAUCGGCUUUGUCCACCCGUUCCAAACCGGCAGGUAUUCAAUUACAUCCUCUUCAUCCAGCAGCUGCUCGACUCUACUUCACCGGAUUUUCGGGAUGGACACGACCCAGAUCGCCGCGUGAUUGGAUUGGAUAUCGGCACGGGCUCAUCAUGCAUCUACCCACUCCUCGCCUGCCGGCAACGCACGAACUGGCUCUUCCUCGCCACGGAAAUCGACCCGAAGAACCGCUCAUUCGCCGAGAAGAACAUUUCCAGCAACGACCUCCAAUCGCGCAUCAAGCUCAUCGACACCGAUCAAUCAGGAAAACAGCUCAUCCCCUGCGACGAACUCUCACCAUUCGAAAGGAUCGACAUCCUCCUGACGAAUCCACCUUUCUACGCCUCCGCGACAUCGAUGCUCGAAUCCGCCACGCAGAAAUCCCGGCCCCCGAACUCCAGCUGCACCGGCGCACCGGUCGAGAUGAUCACGCCCGGCGGCGAAGUCGAGUUCGUGUCUCAACUGAUCCGCGAAUCGACGUCUCCGGCGCUCGUCUGCAGAAUCCAGUGGUUCAGCAGCAUGCUGGGCAAGCUGUCCAGCGUGGCGGCCAUCGUCGAAGACUUGAAGGACCGAGAGUGUACGAAUUACGCGGUCACGGAGUUGGUCCAAGGACAGAAGACGAGGCGGUGGUGUGUAUCCUGGAGCUGGAUGGGGUUCAGGCCGAGUCUGGCUGUCGCGAGGGGUGGCGUUGGGGGGAAUAGUGGAGUGGAGAAGAGAUUCUUGCCGGGAGCGACGGAGGUGGAGUUUGGCGUUAGUCAUGGCGAUCCUGACGUGAUAUGCAAGCGGAUUGAUGAGGAGAUGGGCAAGUUAGAGCUGAAGUGGAGAUUUCAGCACGCGCGCUGUGUGGGCUUCUUGCUUAGCCAAGCGGGCGAUGUCUGGAGUCGGAAGGCUAGGAGGAAGCAAGAGAAGCGGGACAAGGCCGAGGAUCAGGAGAUGAAAGACCAUCAUGAUGAUGUUGUCGACGACGAUAACGACGGCGGCAGCGGUGAUGAAGGCGAAGCGGAGGCGGAGCCCGGCCUCGUCGCCAAGAUCUCCGUGCUUCCGGCCCACGGCGACGCCGCGACGACGAGGACAGAAAGAGUGCACCUCCGCUGGCUCCAAGGUCAGGAUCCUGUGGUCUUCGAGAGUUUUUGCGGCUGGUUAAAGCGGAAGCUUGAAGUUCGUGCAUAA